AUGGCAUCGGAUGAUACUUAUAAUAUUAGACCUAUUUCAUCUCAUCAAUCUCAUUCAUCUACAGGUUCAUUUCCUCAAAAUUCAAUAUCAUUAUCAUCACCCAAUAGUCCUAUUAAUACAGGAAAUCUCAAUAGUAGCUUAUCUCAUAGUCGUCAAUUAUGGAAUAUGGCUUUUGAAAAUGUUCUCGAGCAUAAAGAAACUCUUCCAUCAUCAUCAUCAAUAAUUUCAUCAACUGUUGGUAAUGAUUCAAUUGGUUGGUACAAUUUAACUAAACGGUAA